UUAUAAAAAAAUAUAAGUUAUAAUAUAUUAUAUUAUAAAAUUAGAUUAUUUUUGUAUAAAUAAAAAAUUAGACAUCAUGGACAAUCAUAUCCGAUCACCUCAACCUUUAAGCAAAAAUUCUGCGAAGGAUUGGCAAAUAUGGAAACAAGAAUUUCUUAUUUUUAUGACGUUGCUUGGACAUAUGGCAAAAUCAGAGUUUUACAAAGCGAAUCUUUUUAAAAAUUUAGUAGGAUCGGUAGGUAUUGAAAUAAUAAAUAAAUUGUCCUUUGAUCGUCCAGCAGACAGAGACAAUUUGGAUAUACUGUUGAAAAAAAUAGAUGAAUAUUUUAAUCCACCAAGAAAAGAAGUAGAAAAACGAUAUCAAUUUUUUAACAGUUCUAUGAAUCCAAAUGAAACAAUAGAAAGUUAUAUAAAAAGUUUAAAGGAUAAAGCGAAAAAUUGUAAAUUUGGUGAUUUGGAAGAUAGUUUGGUAAUAGACGUUAUUAUUCUUCAUGCCAAUGAUAAAGUGUUACGUAAAAAAUAUUUGCAAGAAGAUAAUCUUACUUGUGAAAAAGUAAUAGAAAUUUACAAAAAUCAUAAAAUUUCUAUUUUGGAAAGUAAUUCUGCAAGUGCCACUGUUCCGUCCAAACAAAAAUCUAAAUCAAAUGUAAAUGUAAAUGUUAAAGAAAAAGAAAAAGAAAAAGAUAAUUCUAAUGUUCAACAAAGAAAGAAAGUUUGUUCGAAAUGUAAUACUUCCCAUGAAUAUAAACAAUGUCCAGCUUGGAAUCAUAAGUGUACAACUUGUGGUGAGAUGCAUCAUUUUGAACGUUGUUGCAAAAAUUUAUCAAAUCAAAAUAAAACUUUGAAUAAAAGUAUGAAUAAUCUGACAGUGAAUAAAAAUAAAGGAAAAUCGGUAAAUGAAGCUAAACAAUUGAACAAUUUAUCAAAGCAAUUUUAAAAAGUUGCAGAAUGUGCAAUCAUUUUAAUGAAACGCAUUAUGCAAAUAUAUAUAUAUAUAUAUAUAUAU